AGUCUUCCUCCAAUAUUCUUUAUUUGUUUCAUCGUUCGGUCUGUCGAACCAAAAAAGCCUCUUUGCAACGCCGAAUGAGAGAAACACAGAGAAAGGAGUGAUACGGAUUCGUGGCUGCUGCGCCUAUUGCUUGAACAGCUUCUGGAUCGUUUCCCUAUUUGGCAAUAAAUCUAACAGAGGCAGAACGAACAACAGGAGGAGGCGGCCCUUAGGCUUCAAAUCUCAUUGCCAGGUGCAAUGUUGAUUCUGUUCUGUGACGACGAAGAGGUUGUGGAAGAAUGUGGGCGGUUUUUGGACGUUUGACCUGGGUAUUUUGUCUGGUGUCACCGUGCUUUGGGGCUCAAAAUCGUAUAUUUUAUACGUUUUGGUAGCGAGUAAGAAACAGUUGAAAGGUUCUGGUUAUAACAUGGCUGAUGCAGCAGCGAUAGCGGAUGCAAUUGGGUCCAGAUUUAGUUCGCUGGAGUUGAUUGGGAAAGGAUCAUUUGGCGAUGUCUAUAAAGGGUUUGACAAGGAGCUGAAUAAGGAUGUUGCUAUUAAAGUUAUUGAUUUAGAAGAAGCAGAGGAUGAGAUUGAAGAUAUUCAAAAGGAAAUCGCAGUUUUGUCCCAAUGCCGAUGUUCAUAUAUUACCGAGUACUAUGGGUCAUUUCUCCACCAAACCAAACUAUGGAUAAUAAUGGAGUACAUGGCUGGUGGUUCUGUUGCUGACCUGAUUCAAACAGGUCCUCCACUAGAUGAAAUGUCUAUAGCAUUCAUUUUACGUGAUUUGCUACAUGCGAUCGAGUAUCUCCACAAUGAAGGAAAAAUUCACAGAGAUAUUAAAGCGGCAAAUAUAUUACUGGCAGAGAAUGGAGAUGUUAAGGUUGCAGAUUUUGGUGUUUCUGCACAGUUAACACGGACUAUUUCGAGAAGAAAGACGUUUGUAGGAACACCUUUCUGGAUGGCUCCAGAAGUAAUUCAGAAUUCAGAAGGAUACAAUGAGAAGGCUGAUAUUUGGUCCCUGGGAAUCACUGCCAUUGAGAUGGCAAAAGGGGAACCUCCACUUGCCGAUCUACACCCAAUGAGGGUUCUUUUUAUCAUACCUCGAGAAAACCCACCCCAGCUGGAUGAGCAUUUUUCCCGUUAUAUGAAAGAGUUCGUUUCCCUAUGUUUGAAGAAAAAUCCUGCUGAGCGGCCUAGUGCAAAGGAACUUCUAAAACAUCGUUUUAUCAGGAACGCUAGAAAAAGUCCCAGGCUUUUGGAAAGAAUAAGAGAGCGGCCUAGAUACCAUAUAAAGGAAGAUGAAGAAACCCCUAGAAAUGGUUCUGUGGCUUUUGGAGAUUCAUUUGGCACUGUGAAGGUGAACAGAGAUUCAAGAGAUGAAACUUCACGAGCCAGUCAUGUCAAAACCCUGAGAAAUGCUGGGUGGGACUUUAGCAUGAGUGGAUCAGAGGGUACAGGAACUAUCCGUAGUGCUGUAAAGCCACCUCAAGUGCUUGGACCAAAAGAAAAGAAGUCAGAAGUCUCGUACAGUCAGGCUACCCCAAAAAAAACUUUAGAAAAGAGUAGUCAAUGGUUUUCUUCACCCAGAAGUGUGGUUCAGGAAUCUUCAGAACUCUCCCUGGUCAAGGAAGCUAGAGAUCUAUAUGAUGAUGGAAUACAAGAUAAUUCCCAUGAGGAUGAGGAAUUAUCUGUAAGUGGAUCGGGAACUGUAGUUGUGCGAUCUCCAAGAGUUCAGACAUCUACAGUGUUGAGUGAACAAAGUAUUUUGUCUAGCAACAAAUAUUCUUCCUUUGAAGAUGAAUCUCCCAGUGGCACUGUAGUUCUCCGUGGCCAGCAUGAUGAUUCGGAUUCUCCUCGAACCCCCAAAUCCAGACUGGGUUUCCUAGAGAAAUCUUCAAGUGCCUCAGUUGAAGACAGUGCAACCAAUCUUGCUGAGGCGAAAGCUGCUAUUCAAGCAGGAUUCAGGAAAGGAAAUGCUCGGGAAAGGUUCAUAUUGGGCAAACUUAAUAGAGAUGGACAAGAAAGUAAAACAACAGAAGGAACAAAUAGUUCUGCUUCCUCCAGCCACUCUCAUGAGUUCUUUGAUGUGCACAAAGUAACUCCUAGAUCACGUCAAGCAAGUGAUGACGAAAAUGCAAGAAAUUCUGCAGCCACAGCCGCAGCCUCAUCAUCUCCUGCAUUAUCAAUUUUGCUAAUCCCCUCGUUGAAAGAGGCAGUUGGGGAUGAUUUGGAAGAGAUAGGUGCACGUGUUGUCGCAGAUUCACUUAUGGAUCUGGAGCAUAUGAAGCCUGGUUCCUGUGAAUUCCUUGUCAGCAGGUUGCUUCAGCGUCUGGGAAGUUCAAGAGAAUCUUCAGUGAAGGACCUCCAGGAGCUGGCAACCCACAUCUUUACAACGUGCAAAAUUUCCAAUGAAACAGAAAAUGCAAAUGCAGAAUCUGACAGAAGGAAGCAACAAGUUGUGGAGCUUUCUGAGAACCCGAAUUUAAGCCCUCUUGCAAGGUUUCUCCUUGCCAGAUGGCAGGGUCAAGUUUCAAGCGAUCUCAACCCCAUUUGAUGAAAGGUUGAAUUGAUGUUACCAUCGGCUCGCUACUGUUCUUAGUUUGUAUAUUUAUUUGAUGUACAUAUGUUUAUCAGGAAAAAAAUAUUUUUUGCAUUGUGCUUUUUCAGCAGCAGAAUUGCUGUAUAACAAGCAGGUUUAUAUUCGUCUUUUUGUUUUUGUUUUUUUUUUUUUUUAUAUAAUUUAAUUUUCUUUCCAUGCCAUUUACUCUUGGGCGUGAUUCAUGUGUAUUCGGAUUUUCAGGAAUAUUUAGGGAAAACAUCCUUGAUGCCAUUCAUCAGUGGUUCCAUUCUCUA